AUGGUACACUUUAAAGCUACACCUUUAUUUCAAAUACGUUUAGAUGAUGAUUCUUUGAUAAUGCGUGGAUCGAAAGCGGAAUCUGUUGGCUGUGUCCUCCGUGGUCAACUUGUUUUGUUCAUAACUGAACAAACAAAAUUCAAAGAAAUAAGAUUGACUUUUCAAGGAAAAUCUAAAGUUGGCUGGGUUGAUGGUAAAUAUAUCAGUAUAGGAAAAGGUCAAUAUCAUCAUAGCGAAGAAAAAAUUAUAUUUCAACACGAUUGGACCUUCUUACCAGCAGGAAAGCAAUGUCACGUGCUAAAUCCCAACAAUUAUCAUUGGGAUUUUGAAUUGAUACUCCCAGGUACUUUACCUGAGACGAUUGAAGGAUGUCCUCAUGGAAGUUUAAAUUAUAGUUUAAAAGCGGUAGCAGAAAGAAAUACUUUUGCUCUUAAUUUACGCGCUAAAAGGAAUGUUACUAUAAUGAGAAGUAUAUUACCGAGUUCAAUGGAAUUCACUCAAUCUGUAACCAUGGCGAAUACUUGGAGUGAUAAGAUUGAAUACGAAUUUUCCGCUGGUGCAAAAAUUUUUAGUCUCGGUGAAAAAAUUCCAUUAACGAUUAAUUUAAGAUCAUUAGACAAUGAUCUUAAAAUUCGUGAAAUCAUAUGUGUAUUUAGAGAAUAUGCCACCUAUACAAUUGGUCAAAAUCAAAAAACCGAUUCAAAGGAAAUAGAAACUAUUAUUCGAAAAAAUCCUUCUCCGCAUGAAGACACUUGGAAUCUUUCCAUGGAAGCAUUAGUUCCAAAUGAGUUACCACAUUGUCUUUAUGAUUCACAAAAUGAUGUGAUUCGUAUUAGGCAUAAAUUAAGAUUUUUUGUAACUUUAUAUAAUCAAAAAAGUGAACUGAACUAUGAAUUAAGAGCUAGUUUACCAAUAAUAAUCACUCUUAAUAAUGAUAGUUUGUAUUUACCCGCUUAUCAUGAAAAUUAUUUUUCAGAUGAUGAUAUUUUUGAUCCCUCUUUAUCUCGAUGUGGUUCACCAGUUUCAUCUAAUUCAUCUACUUUUUCUUCACCUUGUUGUUCUUUUGAUGAAUCUUUAAGCAUAAUUGAAGACAUGAACAAAUUACCUUCUUAUCAUAGUAUCUUUUCCCAUAUACCUAUUCCCCUUGCUGAUUCUUUACCACCAACCUAUGAUGAUUCUAUGAAUGGUCAUUAA